CGGGGGUUUUAUCCUGUAUUCAUUUGCACCCACAUGAACAGCCAAAUUAACCAAGCCCAUAUUCAACUUGAAACUCCCAAAGCCAUUCCUACUUUAGCUUUUCACCCACUAACUCAAAAGAAAACACUCACCUAGCUUCUUUGCUUUUUCUUUUCGAUUGUUUUAGAUCUACAAAAAGAUGAUUCAAGAACUCCUUGGAGGUUCUUCUUGCUUAAACUUUGGAGAGGAGAGGAAGAUCUCCAUCAAUGGAAGCAUUUUGGAAGGAACCCCCACUUCUUCUCCAUCACCAUCAUCUUCUUCUUCUUCGGCGACGACUUCAUCGACCACUAAUUCAUCGAAUCCGGAGAAUCAUGACCAGAAUUUGAGGUGCCCCAGGUGUGAUUCCUCCAACACAAAGUUCUGCUAUUACAACAACUACAACCUCACUCAGCCUCGUCACUUUUGCAAGACUUGCCGUCGGUAUUGGACCAAAGGAGGAGCUCUCAGAAACGUUCCUAUUGGUGGUGGGUGUAGGAAAAACAAAAGCACUACUGGUGUUUCAACAUCUCUGGGGAAAUCAACUUCUCCCAAGAUGAAAACAGUAGUUUCUGAAAUUGGAAGAUCUGGGUUCGAUCAUGAGCUUCAGUCUACUCCAAUUCUUUGGACUUCAGCGGCCCAGACUUCCCAUCUUCUAUCCAAUCUAACCUCAAUGAGAGCUACCCUAAACCCUAACCCUAACCCUAACACAUUGUCUAACCCUGUUAGUAUUAAGGAAGAAGUGAGUUUGCUUGGAUCUAAAGUGAUGAAUGAACCAGUGGUUGCAGCUGCUGCACUAAAUGCUCGACUCCUAGGCUUGGAUCUCGUUAACCCUUUCUGGAAAAAUAAUCAACACCACGCUCAACAACAACAGAAUAAUAGUGGGUUCCUUGUAGGUGAAGUUCAAAACACAGGUAUUCAAGAACUGUAUCAAAGGCUCAAAUCAUCAUCGUCAUCAUCAUCAUCAAGUUAUUACUCUGAUACUUCAGCAGUAAUUCUAAGCAAUGUCGCUUCUUCUUCAUCAACAUCCAUUUUGGAGUCAGCUCCAGUUGCAGGGGGAGAAUUGGGUUACUGGAAUCCGGCAUUUUCAUCAUCGUGGUCUGAUCUUCCAACAACUAAUGGUGCAUAUCCUUAAAAUAAUCCUUUACCUUUCGUUUAAUCUCACCUUUUUUUUUUAUAUAAGCUAAAAGUGUUGUCCAUCGGUUCUUCUUUCGUAGUGCAUCAGGUUGUUUCUUUUCUUUCUUUUUCUUUCUCUUUUAGGUGUGUUUAAUUAUUUAACUCAUGAGCGUGUUCCAAGGAUGUAGAACAAGUUUCUAAAAGAGAUGAAAAAUGUUAUAUGUUUUGCUACA